UACUACAGGGAUCAAAGCUCAACCAGUCCAUACACAGUUUAUCUGCUGGGGGAGAAGCAGGUUCAUUCCUGCAGACUGACUGUGUGGAUAUAAGAACAUGAGGAAUAUAAAGACAUAUUAUACUGCUAUACAGAGUUUUCUGCAGGUAUCCAGAUGCCAUCGUGUUCAUUCCUCACCAGCAUGGAAGCUGUUCUCCACUUGUACAUCUGCACCAAAAGUCUGUAUUGUUGGAGGAGGACCAGCAGGAUUUUACACAGCACAACAUCUGCUAAGGGCCCGGAGUGACGUGGUAGUGGAUAUCUUUGAGCGCCUGCCUGUCCCAUUUGGCCUGGUUCGAUUUGGAGUUGCACCGGAUCAUCCAGAGGUUAAGAAUGUCAUUAACACAUUUACACAGACAGCCCAGCAUGAACGUUGCUUUUUUCAUGGUAACGUGAAUGUGGGUGUGGAUGUCAGUGUGGAGGAGCUGAAGAAAGCCUACCAUGCUGUUGUGCUUUGUUAUGGGGCAGAAGGAAAUCGUUCUCUGGGAAUUGCAGGGGAGAACUUGGCUGGCGUGCUCUCAGCCAGAGACUUUGUUGGGUGGUACAAUGGGCUCCCCAGCAUGAAAGAGCUGGAUCCUGAUCUGAGCUGUGAGACGGUGGUGAUUUUGGGCCAAGGCAAUGUGGCUCUGGAUAUAGCCAGAAUCCUUCUAACUCCACUAAAUCUGCUUACGAAGACUGAUAUUACCCAGCAUGCGCUGGAAGCUCUUGCAGCCAGUCGAGUACGCAGGGUUCUGAUUGUGGGACGAAGAGGACCUUUACAAAUCGCAUGCACCAUUAAGGAAGUUAGGGAAAUGAUCAACCUACCUUGUACAACAGCUGACCUGUUCCCCACUGACUUUGAGGGCAUCGCCGAGACUCUGAAAGACCUUCCCAGGCCCAGGAAGAGACUCACAGAGCUUAUGAUGAAGGCACUAAAGAAAGAAGACGUUGGUCAAGAAGUGAGUAAGCGAUGGGCAUUCCGUUUUCUGCGCAGUCCUUUAGAAGUGAUUCCUGAUCAAGAUGGAAAAAGAGCUGCAGGAAUUCGUUUAGCUGUUAAUAAGAUUGAGGGUUCAGGAGAAGAGGCUGGAGCACUGCCCACAGGCCAGAUGGAGGAUCUAGAGUGUGGGAUGGUCAUCAGCAGCAUCGGCUAUAAGAGUCUGUCUGUUGACCCUUCAGUGCCUUUUGAUGCCUGCACCGCCACUGUGCCCAACGACACGGGAAGAGUAGAGCACACGGCUGGGCUGUACUGCAGUGGCUGGGUAAAACGUGGACCAACCGGUGUGAUCGCCACUACUAUGAACGACAGUUUUGAAACGGCACGGAUACUACUGAAGGACAUCGACUCAGGAACGCUGAACCUCUCCAUCAACAAGGCUGGUUCCUCAGAGAUCACUGCAUUACUAAAGACACGAGGAGUGAGAUCUGUAUCUUUUUCGGAAUGGGAGAAAAUCAACACGGAGGAGGUGCGGCAUGGAGAAGCUGUGGGGAAGCCCAGAGAGAAAAUCCUUGAUGUGAAAGAGAUGCUGGAGGUUGCCUGGUCCUGAGCCUGACAUCAUCGAAUCAAAUCCUACCUUGUGACUGAAUUGAUUUGGAUAGUUUACAUGUUUUACAUGUUUUACAUUUAUAACAACUGAAGUUGCAGUAUCUGGGACUCAUGUAUAGCUUGCCAGAAGUAUGUGGACACCCGUACUAUAUAUUAAUUUAAAGUGUUCUAGCCACACUUACUGCUGACAGGUGUACAAAAUCAAUUACAUAGUAAACAACUUACAUAUUUAUAGAAGACCACAGAUGACUUAGUGAUUGGGCCAGUCAUGAUGCUGCCAAAGUUUACUACAUUGUAUAAGCCAUUCCACAAUAAAACUGGAUCAAUAAUCAGAAAGUGAUCAAAAGUGUCCACUGAUAAAAUACUAAAACAGGAUUUAUGCCCAUUGUAAGUCUGUAACUGCACUUACAACCAGCGGUAACAGGGUAUAUGUUAGCUUUGGGUGUGUCAAAUGGGCUCAAAGCAUGGCCUCAAAGACUACAGACAUUGAGUUUUUCUCCCUGAAUCUUUCCAUAUAAUCUUGUACUUUAGUAAGUGAAAUAUCAAAACGUUUUUGCAAUUGCUUAUUAAGGAGAGUUGUUCUUAAAGUAUUGGGAGUAUUUGGUGACUCACAAGUGCUAUACCUUUACAUUUUUGACAUUUAGCAGGCGCUUUUAUUCGAAGCGACUUACAGUGACGGUCUGUUUUGUCUAAGCAAUUGAAGGUUAGGGGCCUUGCUCAGGGCCCAACAGUGGUAAGCUACCAGUGACCUUUUGAUUACUAGUCCAGUACCUUAACCACUAGGCUAUAACUGCCUAUGAGACAAAAGUUGCACUGUGAGUGCAGUGUUCUUUUAAAUGGUUAUCCUACAGUGUUAUUAAAUGGGCUUUACAGUGUUAUUAAAUGGGCUUUCUUUCAGCUAUAACAGCCACUCUUCUGAGAAGGCUUCUUACAAGACAAGACAAGUAUGUGUGUGAUUUGUGAUCAUUCAGUUAAAAGAGCGUUUGUAUGGCAGGACUUUGAUGUUGGUUAAUGUGUUUAUAUUUUAAUAAAUAAUUACUAUCCAUUCCAAUGUACAUUCAUUUAGUGGCCAGUGUUGUGGGUCAAUGUUUUGGGUCAUUCGCAGGUUGAAAGGUGCUUUAGGGGAGGUUUUCUCCAAGCAUGUUACUGUCAAUGGCUGCAUAGCAUUUGUCCCUUUUAAUGAAAAACUCCCACAUGGCAUGCUACCACCACCAUGUUUCACCAAAGGAAUUAAAUUAGCCAGGUUGUUUAGUGCCUGUUUUAGCUGUUCAAAGAGUAACAUGUUUGUUUCAUCGUCCUUUAGAACCGUUUAGCAAUUUCUAAGUGGGCUGUCAUACACAUUUUACUCAACUGGAGCUACUGGGAAAGGCAUCAUUUAUGAUGAAAUUGCUGUCCAUCUAUCAGACAUCUACUCUCUCUGCACAUGACCUUUGGAGCUCUUUUGGAGUGAUUGUUGGGUUAUUUCUUAUAUCCCUGACCAAGACCCUUCUUGCCUGUUAAAAAUUUGAACUAGAAGUAGCUUGGAAUAACCUUUGAGACCACUGUGGUUCUGGAAACACUCAAACCCUAGACAUUGUUUUGCUUUAAUCUGUACUUUAACACAAUUUGAUUGCAGAGAUCCACGGACAGUUUAUUGGACUUCAUGGUCUGACACAUCUCAAGAAUAAUUAAAACAAACAGAAUGCACCUGACCACAAAAGUGCCUUAAAAUUGGUCUGAAUAAUUCUUCGAAUUAGAGAUUUAAGAUUAGACAUUUUGACUUUGUAGUAAUUUUCCAAAACCUCUAAAACAUGUAUUUACCUUGUCAUUAUGUGUGAUUAAAUGUAGCUUGAUGGGUAUAAAUAUAAAUUGCAAUUAUAUUUAUUAUGAAUCAAACACAAUAAAGUGUGCAAAAACUUAAA